UCUUGAACGGUGAUUCGACCGGUUAUGGUAUGAUUAGUGUAACUACAUGACUAUGGUAUGUUUAGUGUUACUACCAUUUACUACACGAGGAGUCUUUGACCGGCGGGGAUUGCACCCACGAAAUCUUGGACGUAGGGCACUUUACUUGAAAAAAGUGUGAAGGCAUUUUGUAAAUAAACGAAAUUUAAAUUUGUGCAACAAUGAUCAACAUGAGGAAAUUUAAAUUUGUGCAACAAUCCCCAAACAUUUUUGUGUCUAGGGUCCAAAAUUUUUUUAUUCUGCCCUUGGAAUCUUUUUCCUGGCACAUUUAAAUUAUCAAGCACCAUAAUACUGUUUAGUCCAUUGCUUGUUUUUCCUUAUUGCUUAUUGCCUUCUUUUAAUGAGCAUUAUUAUUAGGAAUAUUGGGCAGAAAUAAAUUCUUUCGGAUAAAGGGGGGGGGAGGCUUCAUAUCGAAGACCACACCCCCUUCAUUCCGGAAUUCAUCGCACGAAUCUCUUUCAUCUCCUCCACUAAACUCCUCCCCGUGACGUCAAGAUAAGCUCCACCCUUUUCCUCUUAAAGGUUCUCCCCUCCCUUCCCCAAUCAAUCUUCAGGUGAGUUGAAGAUGAAGAGCACCCAACUCUUAUCAAUAUUUUUUUUUUAUUUUUAUGGAUGAGGCCUUUCCAUUUUGUGAUAGUAGCGCCACUCACGGACAAUAUAUUUGCGGAAAAAAAUUUUCAUUUUCUCUCCCACUAAAUCCUCUCUCUGUUCUGCCAGGCCAUGCCAGCAGUUCUACACGGAUCAAAACAAAAGCCGAUAAUGGGUGAUUCUGUCGUCUGGAGUGAUAUCAGAGAGGAAGAAAUAGAUCGCUUGGCCGUUUACAGGGUUCAAGAUUUGCCCGUCGACUCAAACGAUCCCCGGAAGAAUGCCGAAGCAACACUGCCCAGGAAUUUAGAACUUCGAACGAAUUCCGAAACUAAUGUGAAUGGUGUCUGGGCCACAGAUUAUAUUCCGAAAGGGACAAGGUUCGGACCCCUCUUGGGUGAACAUUAUCAUGUAUCCGAAGUGAAUCACGUCUCAAGUAAAAAGUUCUUCUGGAGGAUUUAUAAGAAUGAUAGUGAUGAAUACCAUUACGUUGAUUGUUUCGAUGUCUCCAAAUCCAAUUGGAUGCGCUACGUGAGACCGGCACUCCGUAUAGACGAUCAAAACUUGGUGGCAUGUCAAGUACAAAAUGAAAUCUACUUCUACACCAUUAAAAGAAUUAUGCCCAACCAGGAACUCUUAGUCUGGUAUGGUCAUCAAUACGCAAAAAGAAUACAGGCUGCUGUUGACACCAGAAAUGGAAUACGUAUUCAACUGAGCCCACCGUCUGAGCCAUUUGGAAUACAAGAAUACUGCGAUCCGAUGACACCCCCGGAGGACAGCAGCGAGGACAGCGAGGCUCUCGAUUACAGUGUCAAAAAACCCUCCGAGGACGAAAAGACAUACACUCGGAACGAAUAUUACAAACUGAAAUUCAAGUACGCCCUCUCGAACCAUUCCAAAAACGUCGAAUCGCACAGUAAGGAGAGUGAAACGGAGGACGAGAAACCGACCACCAGAGACGAAGCCGACAGCUCUUCCAGCGACCACUACUCUGCCCCUCAACCUAACAGCCCCAAGUGUGCCAGCACACCUUCGGAAGACAAGAAAUUGUUCUACGAAUCCGCUUUCGUGUCGUACGAGGGACAAAAGAACAAUUCCGAGUACAUGGCGUCCGAGCCACCGACGAUGCUCGAAAAUCUCCUGAGCCACCGAGAAAACGCGUCCUUGAAAAGGGACGCCAUCUCUUCGGUUCAGAUACUGCGGAAGUUCCACCUCAACGAAUCGCUUCCGCUGAGUCUCAACCCCGGAACAUUCUGCCAGGAGCGAAACAGCCCGGACUCCACUGAGGAGAGUCACCAUCAGGAAAACUUGAUCUACGGCAACAACAUGUUCUCUGCCGCUCAGUUUAAUAUGCUCACAUAUCAUUUCUCGGAGAGGAUGCACAGUGCUUUCCCGGCGAGGCAGUUCGUGAUGCCCCAUCACCCGACGGCCCGACAUCACCUGGACUCCCAAACUGAGCUGCCCUUCCUACACUCGCGGCCCACUUCUCCUUCUCUCCUUCACGGCAGGGGAUACAAAUCCCUGCCCUACCCCCUGAAGAAGAAAGACGGCAAGAUGCACUACGAAUGCAACGUCUGCCGCAAGUCGUUCGGACAGUUGUCCAACCUCAAAGUCCACCUCCGCACUCACUCGGGUGAGCGACCCUUCAAGUGUUCCGUCUGCGACAAAAGCUUCACCCAACUGGCCCACCUGCAGAAGCACCACCUCGUUCACACGGGUGAGAAGCCCCACAAGUGUGAAGUCUGUCACAAGAAAUUCAGCAGCACCAGCAACCUCAAGACACACCUCCGACUCCACAAUGGACAGAAACCGUACGCCUGUGAUCUGUGUCCGGCGAAAUUCACGCAAUUCGUCCACCUCAAACUCCACAAACGAUUGCACACGAACGAGCGACCCUACACAUGCCAGACAUGCAGCAAGAAGUACAUCAGCGCUUCGGGUCUGCGGACGCACUGGAAGACGACCUCGUGCCAACCUAAUGCCGUCUACCUGGACGGUGGACAUCAGUACGAUUACCCCAGCGACUCUAGGUCACCUCCUCCCAGCGGAUACCCCAUAAGUGUUCCCGCUUUUCACCCGGACAGAAAUAUAUACAGAUCUUACACAGAUAUUUUAUCUUCCCCCCCACUCUCUGUCGAAUCCCAGAGGACCAACGAAUCAGUGUAUUCCAUGAGUGCACCCAGUUCACCAGACGAUAGACCUUUUCACUGUAGACCCUCUGUUUAGGUCACAUUAUUUGCUCUAGAUGCAGGACAUCCUUAGCAUUUCUGUGACAUGUGAUCAGUGGCGUAGUUUUACCUUCUCACAUACAUAAGUUAAAAUAAUGACAAGAGAAGAAAAAUUAUAAAAAUUAUUUUUCAAAAGUAUUUAAAAAAAAUAUUUUUUUAUUUAUCUAAAAAAUUUUUUGUUAUAAAUCCGGAAAACUAAAUAAAUAAAAGAUACAAUCUCUUCAUCAUCUCACACGAUUAUAACCGCAAAAAGGAGUGUUUUCUAAUACUGUACCAAUAAAGCCAAAGCAAAAUACAUCAAUACUAUAGGAAAGAUUUUUUCAAUAAUUAAACUAAUUGAACAUUUAAGAGUCAAAUAAGCUAACAAAUAGAUCAUAUUUACAUUUUUUUUAAAUUAUUGAUUUUUUUUUUGUUACUUUAAAAUUGAAGAUUUAAUACGAUAAGCUGCUAUAUACGGCCGUACAAGUUUGCAGCUAUAUAUAUAUAUAUAAGAAACAUUACAGAUAUAUAUGAACAUUUUUUAUGUCUUCAUCUUACUUACCGAACCGAAUAGCUCAUUAAUCAAGUAAUUUAUAAUUUUCUCGGGGUUUUUUAUCCCCCAAAACUACGCCACUGGGUGUGAUAAAAUCUGAAAUGAAAUUUCCCUUGUACAGUAAAAAGUGAGAAGCACAAAUUUCAAUGUUCCAUCAAUGGUUUCAUGAUGAUGAGUAUUGAAUAUAAAAUUUGUAUCUGCAAAAAAGAAUCACAACUAUGUAAAUAUGUUAUAUUAUUUAAUUUAUUUUGUGCUGUCCAAAUCAAAUUAAAUGUGUUUUAUGUAGAUUAUUUAUAAACUGAUCCCUUCACGAUAUUUCAAUUUUACAAUUUUUCUUUUUUUCUGUUCUCACUAUUUUAGCUCAUAGUUUAAAUGAUAUCUUAAUUUAACCCGAAAAACUGCAAUAGUUUUAUAUUCACAUUUUGAUUUUACAAUUUUUUUUUUCGUUCUCACUGUUUUAGCUCACAGUUUAAAUGAUAUCUUAAUUGAACCCAAAAAACGGCAAUAUUUUUUUCUUUAAUUAUUGCAAGUGCAUUUGAACACGAAACCCAUAUAAUGUUUGUUUUUUUUUUUAAAUAAUCUGAUAGAUUAAAAUCUUUAAACACAUCGUUAACAGUUAAAAUAAAUUUGUUUAUAAACGAUCCAUUUCUUUUAAAAUCAAAUCUGUUUUCUUGUUUCUGUCAUUUGUCGUCUUCUUAGUGAUUUAGAAUUAUAGAUGCAUGAUGUGCUUCAAUGCGCCAUUUUAACCUUUAAAAAAAAAUAUGCUUCUCUAGUCACAUUUAUGAGUCAAAUAAAUAUAAGAAGCAUUUACUUCUCUUUUAAAGUAGUUACACUUAGCAAAAUGAUGCAAUUUUAAUUUAUUAUUUUAUAUGUGAUUACUCGAAAACUAGGCAAUAACAAUUUAUGAUAUUUUUUUUGAAUAAUUAUUAGUUAAAAACUAGGCUGUAAUUUAUAUUUAAGAAGAAAAAACUCUUAAAAUUUACAAUAUUAUCUUUUGUAAUGAGUAGUUUUUAUGGAAUCAUUUUCUUUUUCAUGAAAUCACAAAAUGUAAAGAAAGUUUUGUCGAACAAAAUCUCUUCACAGAUCCAUUAAUAAAACAAUAUCAUAUGAUUCA